AUGGUCAAUACCUUUUCAGAAUUUGCCGGCUACAUAUUUAACGUAUUGUCUGUCUUUUUUUGUUCUCAGUUUGUGAAAUGUGGCUAUGCUGGAUCCAAUUUCCCAGAGCACAUCUUCCCAGCCCUGGUUGGACGGCCUGUCAUUCGCUCCACAGCAAAAGUGGGAAACAUUGAAAUCAAGUCUCUGCAUUCUCAGGAUCUCAUGGUUGGUGAUGAAGCUAGUGAGCUCCGUUCAAUGCUAGAAGUAAACUACCCCAUGGAGAAUGGUAUUGUGCGGAACUGGGAUGACAUGAAGCACUUGUGGGACUACACAUUCGGGCCUGAGAAAUUGAACAUAGACACCAGAGACUGUAAAAUCCUCCUAACAGAGCCCCCGAUGAACCCAACCAAAAACCGGGAGAAGAUUGUUGAGGUUAUGUUCGAGACUUACCAAUUUUCAGGGGUUUAUGUUGCUAUCCAGGCUGUCCUUACAUUGUAUGCACAAGGUCUGUUGACUGGAGUAGUGGUAGACUCCGGAGAUGGGGUCACUCAUAUCUGCCCAGUUUACGAAGGUUUCUCUCUGCCUCAUCUCACUAGGAGACUUGACAUUGCGGGCAGGGACAUCACUCGCUACCUUAUAAAGUUGCUUUUGUUGCGUGGAUACGCCUUCAAUCACUCCGCAGAUUUUGAGACUGUGCGUAUGAUAAAGGAGAAGCUCUGCUAUGUUGGUUACAAUAUAGAACAAGAGCAGAAGUUGGCAUUAGAGACCACAGUGCUUGUGGAAUCCUACACACUUCCAGAUGGCAGGGUUAUUAAAGUAGGUGGAGAGCGCUUUGAAGCACCAGAAGCUCUGUUCCAGCCUCAUCUUAUCAACGUAGAAGGCGUUGGCGUUGCUGAGUUGCUGUUCAACACCAUCCAGGCAGCUGACAUUGAUACUCGGCCAGAAUUCUAUAAGCACAUUGUUCUGUCUGGAGGCUCCACAAUGUAUCCUGGCCUUCCAUCUCGCCUGGAGAGAGAACUUAAACAACUGUAUUUAGAACGAGUCUUAAAAGGAGAUGUUGAGAAACUAUCGAAAUUCAAGAUUCGCAUUGAAGAUCCUCCUCGUCGUAAGCACAUGGUAUUCUUAGGAGGAGCUGUUUUAGCAGACAUCAUGAAAGACAAAGACAACUUCUGGAUGACCCGGCAGGAAUACCAGGAGAAGGGUGUGCGUGUGCUAGAGAAGCUCGGUGUGACUGUCCGAUAA